GCAUAAUUCCAAUCUCGGUCACGGCUUCCGUCUUCUUCCUGCCGCACGCGUCGUCGCCCAUUCGACGACCGGAGCGGAGCGCUCGGUCUCGGUCUCGGCUUCUGCCUUCCGCACGCGGCCUUCCCAUCGCAACGAGGAAACCUGGACGUUGCAAAGGGUGAGGGGUGCUGAAGAAUUGUCCCUCGGCAGUUUACAAGGCAGGAAGUUAUAUGACCUGCAUGAAUUUUGGUAACUACGGAGCCAAAUAAGAUUCGGUCCAACGCCAAAGUAGCAGUGCAGUGAUAAGUGCUGGAGGGACAAUGCUUGAGGAUUUCUUUACUCUUACUGAGAUGAAAGAUGGCAUUUCAACUGUUGCAAGAAUUGGAGAGCUGGUAUCUGAGAUCCAGAAGCUAAAAAAUGCUGUUGGGCUUAACACAGCUGACAUGAUAAGGCAGUGUUCAACGGCUGCAAACACACUGGCAUCCACCAAAAACGAAGAGUGUCUUCAGUAUUUCAUUCAGCUAAAUGGUGUUGGUCUUCUCAACCAUUGGCUUCGGGAUGCUCAAAAUCGUGGCGAGGAUGUCAGGAAUUCAGCAGAAGGUCUAAUAGUUGCAAUAUUAACUGCGUUGGAGUGUCUUCCAAUUGAUAAUGAGCAGCCAACUUCUUGUGGAGUUAUGUCUACUGUUCGUAAUCUUCUUGCUCAUGGAAAUGCCAAUAUCAACCAAAAGGCACGGGCACUUUGUCAGAAAUGGGGCAGUGUACCAAAAUAUGGUACAAAGGGCCAACAUUUUGAUACAAAAGAGGCAUGUCAGACCGAUCAACUUAAGCUUACAGGAGCUAGCCAGGAGACAGAAAAUGAUAAACAGAGUGGAGCAAAUGAAGUUGGAAAUUCUGUUGAAGAAUCAAAGCCUGAGGUGAUGACUUGCUCAGAUGCCCAUUUUCCUGAUCCUUCCUUGACUAAUGAUAAUACAGGUGGAACAAAGCAACCGCCCAUGCUAACAUCCCCAAGUUUCUCAAAUGGAAAUGCCACUUUAGGAGAUGUGAACUCCUUGGUAUCAUCUCCUGCAUGUCAUGUGGGUUUAAAAAAUGUGUCCAUCACCAAGGAGACUUCUGCUUCCAAUGAUGUAGGCUUGGCCACUAAUGGCAUGCACCGAUCAAACUCUAUAAAUGCAAAGAGUGGUACUGGUCAAGAUGCACCAGUGGAUGUGACUACAGCGGCCACAUCUAUAGAGCCUAAUAAACCUGACAAUCUGUUUGUUAGUAACACAAUGAAUAUGGAGGACACUAUUGUUUCGACUAGCUCGAGUAUCAAGGAAUCAGGUCGAUUUGCAGCAGAAAGAUUACAUUUGGAGAAGGAUACAGCAGAAACUUUGAACCAUCUUGCAAUUGUAACCCGUGAUUUGAAAUAUUUGUCCGAGGAAAGUACAGGCAAAGAAGAGGGACCUACAUCAUCAUCUAGUUCAGAUGGUAUGGGCAUAGGCAAUGAUUUUAUGUUGAAGAGAUGUAUGAAGAGCUUUGGGGAUUCCUCAAAGGCAACAGAGACAAACAUGAGAGCACUAAAAGGGGAGAAAUCAACACCACUAACAGACUAUGAUGAUACCGAUGCACUAGAAGUAGCGCGUUUGGUUGCUAUUGAGGUGGAGCGGGAAGUCAUUGAUUACAGAGGACCCUUUUGUGGUUCUCCUGAUAUUAAUUCCAGGAAUGCUGAUAGUCCUGACUUGGAAGCACGGAGGCAGCUUGAACCUGUUGUCGAUGAAUUGAAUGACGAUAAAUCCGCCAGUACAGGUGUUGAUUCAGGAAGUUCCUCAUCUCUUAAGGAGGAUGGGUCGGGCAUUACAGAUGGCAGUGGGCCUAUCAGUAGAAAAAAUACACGGAGUGGGGACCUGGGUGACUUCGAUCUUAAUGAAAAUCAGUGCGCCGAGGAAACUGAUUGUAAUCCAAAGUCCGUUCUUAGCAAUUCUGUCAACUUGUCGACACCUAUAGCUGUGGCUGCUUCAAGAGCCUCAUCUGUGUUUCCUGCUCGGCUCCACUUUGAAGGUGAACUUGGAUGGAAAGGCUCUGCUGCAACCAGUGCUUUUCGACGAGCUUCUCCUCGGCGAACUCCUGAUGCAGAGAAGUCGUUGUCAGCUUCUUCACAUAAAACAAGCAACAUGUUUGAUUUAAAUGUAGCCGACAGUGAUAGUGCUACUUCUGGCGAGCUGCUUUCAACAGCAAUACUGCCAGCUUCUUCUGACCUAGCUUCCAAGGAUACUUCUGCAGCAGUUGGUGUGAGUGGAGGACUCAAACUUGACCUUAACUGCUCAUGUGGCGAUGAGGAAGAUGCUAUCGCUGCAAGCAAUGUACCGCCAUUGUGGAACCGCCAACAAUUUAAUGGCAAUUGGAGCCAACCUUCUUCCUCCUCAUCUUCAAGACAACCUGCAGUCAGAAACUUUGACUUGAAUGACAACAUGUCAAUCGCUGAUGGUUCUGCACGAGAAAUUGAUAGAUCUUUUGUCAAGACUCCUGCAGGGGAUAUGUCAGACCAUUCUUCAGUCACAAUUAUGGGUAAGAGGAUAAUUGUCGGACAGAAAGAACAUGGCCACCAACAGCAGCAUAACUUUCUGGGACCAAGUGCAGGAUCUAGAGUUCCUGCAAGAUCUAUUCAAUCUUAUGCACAUACUCCUGAUUAUAGCGUUGUCAGUUAUCCAUCUCAACCUGCUGUGUCUUUCCCCCCGGCUUUCUAUGCACCAGGGGGUGUCCCAUACAUGGUUGAUGCAAAGGGCGCACCAGUGAUACCGCCGCUGUCAGGCUUAGGCCUUGGCAUUUCUCAUCCAUCAUUCAGCACCAGAGCAGCCCCACCCUCAUCUGCUGAAUUGAGUUAUUAUCAUCCUAGCAUGGAUUUCAAUUACGGGCUCCCAGCUGAAGGUGCACGUAGGGAAGCUGGAAACUACUGGCCCGUGCUCUACCAAGGCACGACCAUCUUUGUUGAUGAACGCACAAGGAAUAUGUCACAGGGUGGUAGUUCUGGGUUGGCACCGAAGCGAAAAGAGCCAGAGUCAGGUUGGGACAUGUACCCGCGUCGCUGAGCAUGAAGUUUUGUUAGGUUUGAAGACGUACGAGGAGAACUGAAUAAGGUGAGCUACAGGUAGAUUUCAGAGAUGUUGACAUGGCAUGGACAUUGUUGGCUGCUGGAAAGCUUGUGUAGAUUUGGUUCUUUGUGAGUGUAUUAGCCUUUUUAGUUUAACAUAAAAUAGCGAAAUUGCUCUCCACGGAAAGCUGAAAUUAUGUAUAUCAUCGUAUAACUUAUAGAUGAAAUGCUUCAUUUUGUGAUC